AUGAUUUAAGAGAAAAAAUAUUUUAACAAUCUAGAAGAAUUUUUAAACUCUUCUCUUUAAUUUCAUUAGAUUAUUCAUAUUGCUCUAAAAAGUGACAAUUAUAGCGGUGAUGAAUAUGCAUCGCUCUUAGGUUCUGCUUUAGCAAAUUGUAUUAAUCUCUAAAAUUUGACACUUGAUUUUGGGUACAAUAAAAUUGGUGCAAAUAGUGCACUAGGAUUAGGUUCUGCUUUAACAAAUUGUACUAAUCUCUCAAAUUUGACACUUAAACUUUAUUAAAAUUAAAUUGGUGCAAUUGGUACAUCAGGCUUAGGUUCCGCUUUAUCAAAUUACGUUAAUAUCUCAAAUUUGACACUUGAACUUUAAUGCAAUUAAGUUGGAGCAAUAGGUGCAUUUGACUUAGGCUCUGCUAUAGCAAAUUGCACUAAUCUCUCAAAUUUAAAACUUGAUCUUAGUUAAAAUUAAAUUGGUGACGAAGGUGUAUCAGGCUUAGUUUCUGCUUUAUCAAAUUGCACUAAUCUCUCAAAUUUCACACUUGGACUUUAUUAAAAUUAAAUUGGUGCAAUCGGUGCAUCAUCCUUAGGUACUAGUUUAUCAAACUGCACUAAUCUCUCAAAUUUGAUACUUUAUCUUGAUUAAAAUUAAAUUAGUGACGAAGGUGUAUCAGCCUUAAGUUCUGGUUUAGCAAAUUGCACUAAUCUCUCCAAUUUGGAACUUUGUAUUAGUUUAAAUUAAAUUGGUUCAAUAGGCGCAUCACGCUUAGGCUCUUAUUUAGCAUAUUGCUACAAUCUAUCGAAUUUGACUCUUGAACUUUAAUACAAUUAGAUUGGUGCAAUUGGUGCAUCAGGCUUAGGAUUUGCUUUAGCAAAUUGCACUGAUCUCUCAAAUUUAUCACUUUAUCUUAAUUAAAAUUUAAUUUGUGAUGAAGGUACAUCGAACUUAGGUUCUGCUUUAGCAAAUUUUACUAAUCUCUCAAAUUUAACACUUGAACUUUAACAUAAUUAAAUUGGCUCACUUGGAGCAUCAGGCUUAGGUUCUGCUUUAGCAAAUUGUAUUAAUCUCUCAAAUUUGAGACUUUAUCUUGGUUUAAAUUAAAUUUGUGAUGAAGGUACAUCAAGCUUAGGUUCUGCUUUGGCAAAUUGCAUUAAUCUCUCAAAUUUGGCACUUGAACUUUAACACAAUUAAAUUAGUGCCUUUGGUGCAUCAAGCUUAGGUUCUGCUUUAAAAAAUUGCACUAAUCUUUCAGAUUUGAAACUUCAUCUUAGCUAAAAUUAUAUUGGUGAUAAAGGUACAUCAAGCUUAGGUUCUGGUUUAGCAAAUUGCACUAACCUCUCAAAUUUAACACUUGAACUUUAAUACAAUUAAAUUAGUGAAAUUGGUUUAUCAAGCUUAGCUUCUGCUUUAGUAAAUUGCAAUAAUCUCUCAAAUUUGAAACUUUAUCUUAGUAAAAGCGAAAUCAAGAAAUCAUAAAAAUUGAAAUUAGAAAGCAAGUGUCUUAAAUUAAAUAGAUUAGUUGUCUUUAGAAUAUAUUUAUAAUGA